ACAGAUAUAAUCCAGUAAAUGACGAAUCUUUUAAAACCAAAUAUAAACCUUUUGGCUAUGCUUAUUUCGGUGGAAAUGUAUAUGGAAUAAGGGGUACUGCCUCUUUUAAUAUUAGUGGAUAUACUCCAGGUUAUAUUUUAGGUCAGAAUUUCGGGUUAGUUAAUGUACUUCCCAAAAGUUUUGAAAAUGAUGAAUUUGAUGGUAUACUCGGGUUAGCCACUUCUAAUGAAUUUGUAGAACUUGAAACUAAUGUUUAUCAAAAUAUUUUACAUGAUUAUGAGACUAAAAAUGCAAUAUUCUCGUUAAAAAUUGGAAGAGAAGCAGACGAAAUGGAGAGUGAAUUAAUUAUUGGUGGCAUUGAUCAAAGUAAAUAUACUGGUGAACUUGUCUCAACACAGAUAUUCAGUCUCAGUCAUAUUUAUUGGUCAAUUCGUCUCGAUGGCUUCUCUAUCAAUGUUAAAUCAUUAGAAUUUCAAGGUCAUAUCAGAAAAAUUGUUUCAGGAAUAUCCUCAAUAAUUGUUAAAAUAAAAAUCGGCAAUGUUGAUUGGGAUAUUGAUCCGAGAGAUUUGAUAGAUAUUCAACAAUUAAGAAAUCGAGAAACAUGUAGUGGAAUGAUAAUCAGUGGAAUUACAGAAGGAUUUUUUCAUUUGACUGAAGAAUAUGUAAAUGCGCUUAAGUCUUUAAUAGAUAUUCCUGAAGCAGAGGCUUAUAUGAGGACACAAGUUUUUAUAGCGCCUAUGGAUUACCCUGGACAACUUUAUAUACAGUGUGCUAUCACUCGUUGUAUUAAAUUAGGAGACUCUUCUGAAAUUCUGGAGCAAAUUUUGCAUGUUGUUCCAAUGAUUGGACCCUUGCAUGUAUUCUUAAAUAGUUGUGAAACCGUGUUUCUUUUAAAUUAUCAUUUUUUUGAUAUCCUUUUUCAUGCAGUUUUUGGGCAUAAUAAGAUGUUGGCAAAAAAGCCAAAGCCUUACAAAAUUAAUUUGAUUUUAGAAUUAGCAG